GAUAAAAAAAAACUUAGCUCUUAUACUCUAUUACAAAUGAGAGAACAGAAAAUUUGCUUCUACUGAAAAAUUAACUAAAAUGCUUUUUUUGGUUCUAGUAGGCUUAUAUGCAAAAUAUCAAGUUAAUCAGUCCAGGUAAUUCAGACUUGAUGAUGCGUCAUUCGUCAAUUUCCUAUCCCCUACAUGUAUAAACCGAUUGUUUCCUUUAUUAUAUUAUAGAUAGAUGAAAUGAGUGGAAAUAUUCUAUGUAUGACUGAAUAUACCAAUGAUUGGCAUGUUUUUCAGGGAAUGCGUACUGGUGUAUGGUUCAUACAUAUGAACUCUGAGAGUUCAGCACGCCUUGCGUCGAAAGAAAAAAAUAAUACGCCCUUGCUCAUUGGCAGGAGCACUCGGUUCAUAAAGGUGAGGUAUUGCUCAGGAGACGAGAUGGCGGAUGCCCUGACCAGGGAUCAACGGUUUGCCAGGGCACCAAUUAGAUCGCAGCCCCCGACCAAUAGGCUCCAAAACCUCACCUACCCCUCACUACCCACUCAUCCUAUGUUCCAUACUCCUCAACCCCAAGCAGCACCUAAUGUGGCACAAUACACUGGCUACCCGCACCAACACGUUCCCCAACUGUGUUAAGGGGCUACCACAGUGAUGAUAUGUGUAUUUUUAUUGUAAAAAUUUCAAUUGCUUGUAAUGAAAUAAAUAUCGGAGUGUAGAUGGUGUGAUUAAGAAUGUCUAGUGAAAAAAUGUUGAAGGUUUAAUAUCUUAUUAAUUCAUUCCUAUUAGUACAGCCAUUGCAUU